AUGGCAGCAGCUAAUUCUCAUCAACCUGUCUUGGUUUUGUUCACUACUUUUGUUGUUGCAGCUGCUAUUGUGUUGGCCCCAACUACAUGCACUGCUCAACUCACUUGCGAUUUCUAUCAGCAGUCCUGCCCUCAGGCAUUGCAAAUCAUCAGAUCAGUUGUCAACGAAGCUAUUAAUCGGGAGAGGCGCAUGGGAGCGUCGCUCCUACGCUUGCACUUUCAUGACUGCUUUGUCAAUGGGUGUGAUGGAUCGAUUUUGCUGGACGACACAGUGAACUUCACUGGUGAGAAGACGGCGGGUGCAAAUCUGAACUCUGUUAGAGGUUUUGAUGUAAUUGAUGAAAUUAAAGCAACCCUCAAUACAUAUUGCAAUGGCAAUGUGGUCUCAUGUGCUGAUAUCUUAGCAGUUGCAGCUCGUGACUCGGUUGAGAUUUUAAUUAGGCCACCUCCAAUGCAGGCCCUUUUGCCAAGGCAAGAGGCCCCUUUGCAGGGGUUUGGACCUCCAGCGCGCGCCAAGCAGCCUGGGCAAGAUCUGCCUGGGCUCAAGCCCAAAGGCGCUGACCUGGGAGGCCCUUCCUAUUCCUAUGAAGUACAAUUGGGUAGAAGAGAUGCAACAACUGCAGUCUUGGAUGAUGCAAACAGAAAUCUUCCUGCUCCAACUUUCGACUUCUCUCAGCUUCUCUCCAUCUUUCAAUCUCAUGGUCUAGGCCUGCAAGAUCUGAUCCUCCUCUCAGGAGGCCACACCAUUGGACUAGCUAGAUGCACCACCUUCAGGGACAGGAUUUACAAUGACACCAAUAUAGACCCUGAGUUUGCAGCCUCCUUGAAAGAGGGUUGUCCUGUAAAUGGUGGAGACGACAACACGACGCCAAUAGACUCAACCACAACGCAGUUUGAUACCGUGUACUUCAAGUCUUUGCUGCAGAAAAAAGGUCUCUUCCAUUCUGAUCAGGAGCUCUUUAAAAGUGAUGGCAGUGAUAGCGAUAAUCUGGUGCAGCAUUACGCUAACAGCCCCGAGGAUUUCAAAGUAGAUUUUGGGGCUUCCAUGAUCAAGAUGGGUAACAUAAACCCCCUCACUGGAUAUGCUGGUGAGAUACGGCUCAAUUGCAGGAAAAUCAACUAG